UCGUCACGUGACGGCAGUUAGCUCGUGCGGUGUAGUCGCGCUCCGCCGUCCGGAGGCUCCGGUGAGUUUCUGCCGCUGUCCGGUUCAGUCUGUGAUGCAGUUGAACAGGUUAGGUUAGUUUACCAGAAAAUGGAGCGGUACGAGUCGGACACGGAGGGAGAAGAGCAGGAGACCCCGCUGCUUCACCGGGGACACGAAGACAAAGUCCAGAGAGCCCCAGCAUGCUGUUCAUCACGCUAUGGCCUGGCACUGCUCUCCUGUUUUGGCUUCUUUGUGGUCUACUCCUUGCGGGUGAACCUGAGUGUGGCCAUGGUGGACAUGCUUAACAACACCCACCAAUCCAACCCCAACCACAGCAGCUCAGUGUGUCCGGCUCAUGCCAACCCUUCACGGCCCAAACACAACCACACGGCCAGUGUGUACAACUGGGACUCUGAGACACAGGGCUGGAUCUUGGGCUCCUUCUUCUAUGGCUACAUCCUGACACAGAUUCCUGGGGGCUACCUGGCCGGCCGCUAUGGACCCAAGUGGCUGAUGGGUUUUGGAAUCCUUGGAACUGUAAUUUUUACGCUGCUCACCCCCGUGGCUGCUGACCUGGGUGCAAGCUACCUUAUUGCCGUCAGGGUGCUGGAAGGGAUAGGAGAGGGAGUUACAUUCCCUGCUAUGUACACCAUGUGGGCAGCGUGGGCACCACCACUAGAGAGGAGCCGACUGCUCACAAUUUCCUACAUAGGAGCCCAGCUGGGGACGGUAAUAUCUCUUCCUCUGUCUGGUGAAAUAUGCUUCUACCUGGACUGGACCUACGUCUUCUAUAUAUUUGGUGCUGUUGGCUUGGUGUGGUUCGUCUUGUGGACCUUUCUCGUCUUUGACAGUCCAAACACUCACCCACGGAUAUCAGAGCGGGAGAGAAUCUACAUCACCACCUCACUCAAGAACGAGCUGUCCACCUCAGCAGGCUUCAUCCCCUGGCGAGCCAUAGUCACGUCCACACCGUUGUGGGCCAUCGUAGUGGCGCACUUCUCCUACAACUGGACCUUCUACACCCUCCUCACCCUGCUGCCAACCUACAUGAAUAACAUACUGGGCUUCAGCAUACAGGAGAACGGUAUGCUGUCAGCUCUUCCUUACAUGGGCUGCGCUGUGAUGGCUGUGCUGAGUGGUCAGCUUGCCGAUUACCUGCGGGAAACCUGCCUCUACCCCACAGUCCGUGUCAGGAAGUCCUUCUCCCUUAUCGGCAUGAUCGGGCCAGCUGUGUUCCUGGUGGCAGCAGGAUAUACAGGAUGUAAUUACACCCUGGCUGUGACCUUCCUCACCAUCUCCUCCUCUCUGGGCGGGGUGUCGGCCUCCGGCUUCAACAUCAACCACCUUGACAUUGCUCCUUCGUAUGCUGGUAUUCUCCUGGGUAUCACCAACACCUUUGCCACCAUUCCUGGCAUGGUGGGACCAGUCAUAGCAAGAUUACUCACCAAACAUAACACCAUAGAAGAAUGGCAGGCUGUUUUCUACAUCGCAGCUGCCAUCAACCUGUUUGGAGCCGUGUUCUACACCGUGUUCGGCCAAGGAACGGUGCAGCCCUGGGCCGUCCACACAUCCUUCUCUCAUGGAGACUGAGGCCGAAGACACGUCCACCUCACAAAUCUGAAUUAUCGAAUGGACAAGUCUCAGUCAUGGGCUUAUUUAACGGGUAAUGCCAGCGAGAGAUGUUCUAGCCGAGCUGAUAAUUCUCAAAGCACGGCAAACUAACUGAGUAACAGCCAUAUUAGCCUCAAGGAUGUUCUUUACUGUGACUGCGGGGACUCAAAAGUCUGUUUUCAGAUAAAGCUACAGUCACAGCAAUGAACAAAGAAGACCACAAUUUUAGUAAAGGUUAAAUUAGGAGGCAGAAAUAAUGAUUGAGCGGAGGAAUCAACCGCAGUAUGCAUCUCAAAGAAGUAUCAGAGGAUGCUGUUACUAUGCUAGCCAGUUAGCUACAUGUAGCUAAAUGGCUAGUUUAAACCUUAAAAGUCAGCUAGGCUAAGCUUGCUUAAAUAACCACAUGCUAGCUAAGCCUUCUCAACUGUCAAGAAUGAAGUCUACCAUAGUAAAUGAGCUAUAAAAGAUUAUCCCAAUGUUGUCCCUUCUGGAGUUCUGGUUCGACGGUUAACUCUCAGCUCACUUGUUAUUUCUGCCUCCAGAGCACUUUACUAUUACAAGAAUUUAUUUUACCCUAGAACUCGACAAGUAAACCCUCUUGAUUUUUAUUGCCAUGGUAGAAGUCUACACUCUUAAAAGGAUGUUUUCUUUCACUUGUGUAUGUUAAAUUUGGGAUAACACAAAAUGUGCUACUCUGCAAACCAAAACUAAGUGCCAGUAGUAGUUCAUAAGUGUGUCAAAGGUUUGCCCCAAAAUCCCAAACCACACGCACACAUUUGAUCAUCUUUUUUGAGAGAAUGUUGUGACUGCACUGCACGCACAAACACUUGUUUUGGGGGAAAUUGCCUUAUAGAGAAGUCUCCUUAAAAUAAUUUUAAAGCUCUUUGUCUUUCAUGUGAUUUUUGUAUUUACUUGUCAUAUGGUGCAGUUAAGGGAAUUUAUGUAAUGUACAAUAUGUAUUGUCUUUUCGGGUUAUGCCCACCAGGCACCUCUGUUAUUUUAUGUAGCAGCCCUUCAAUAAUGCAUAUUGAAAGCAUGGGUCAUGAUAUUUUAACACUAAUUCUAAAGAAGGGAAAGUGAAAGUGCUUUUAAGAGCUUCCUGGUGGACACAGCCUUGUUUUAUUCACAGGAUUUGCACUUUGUGUGUCAAUUCUCAGGUAUCUUAUGUCUUACAAGAAUUGAAAAGGAUGUUCAAUUACUUUUUACAGUUUGAUUAAUCUACCAACUUUAAGUGUCAUCUGAAUUAGACCCUAUUGUAAAAUUAUUUCAAAUAGCACAUUUAUCAACUCAAAAUACUGUAGUCACCAUGACGGGUGGUAAUUCUUAGUCUUUUAAUUGAUGUGACCAGCUAAUUAAAUCAUAUCAUCCAUAGAGUUUACACUGUGUACUUCACAUGUAUAUGAUAGUGUAUGUAACUUUUCCCUUUAUACAUAAUGACUAUAAAGGGGUAAAUCAAAACCAAGCCAUAAGGGAAACAUUUAGUCUUGGUUGUAAUUUCUGUCAACAAGUAGCAUCAUCAUCCCAAUACAAGGUGUACUGCACUUGUGCCUUAUUAUGGAGCUCAAACGGGGUCAGACUCAUUCCUUUCACCAAGGAUUCAUUUUGUUACUGCUUUUUAUUAUUUCAUCUAUAAAUUAGUGUCUAUAUACAGAGAAUAAUGGGACCGUUAUACACACACUGUACUGAAAGGGUAAUCAUUGUAAAUCAACCUGGAAGCAUUCCAGAAAAUGUCUUAAAUUGCUGUCAUGUAUUGUAAAUACUUCAUCAUAUACAGCUAUGCUUAAAUCUAA